AAUAAAAAAAGGAAUAAGAGAAGAAUGGUAUAUUCUUAGCUCCGAAAUGAAAGGAUCGGCUAAAGUGCCGCUAAAUUAGAGAGACAAAAUCCUAUGCAACGCACAACACAAUCCAAAUACCUCACACACCUUUUCUAUCUAUCUGCCAUCGAGAGAGUUGAGCAUAUUUGCGUUUUAUUGAAAGGGUUAAAACUUUUACAAACCCUCGUUCUGCUAUUGGUCGCGGAUCCGCUACGGCUACUGCGGUGAUCGGCAUAGGACAAUUUACUUAUGCAGUCUGAUCCAGAAUAUUCAUACAUUUUGAUGUGCACUGCGAACAACCUAAUCUUAGAACUGCAUUUAUAUUGUCUUUCUGACAGGUUUUUCACAAUCCUCUGCAUAAAAAAAUAUGCGAGCCAAUUUGUCAGGACUUAGUAUUUAUCAAAGUUGAUUAUUGUGAUGUCAACAAGAUUUAAGUAAAUGCUUUAGUCAGUUGGAUCCUUGAAUGAAGCCAUAGCUGAAAAACUAUGUGGCAGCUACUUGGUUGGUGUUGGAUCUCUGAAUUUAUCUGGUAUAGAUUGAGGAUAUUGAGUUCUUGAACAAAUCAGAGAAAUGGCAGGGACUCCAAGGUUUGAAAUACCCUCAAGUAGCUCAGAUGGAUCAAAUUUUCCUGGCUAUUGUAAUGGGCAGCGUGGUCAUUUUUCAACUGCUUCAAACAUGGAAAGGUCAAGCAGCUUUCGAGAAAACUUUGAUAGUCGAAUUUUAACAGCCGGAGCAAAUUUUCCCAGGGGUAGUACAUCAGUACAUGGAGAACAUUUGCCUCUGUCACAGGUUCUACUUUUGGAUACACUGUCAAUGGGAGAUCAGAAAUAUCCUCGUUAUCUAGAACUGAAAAGGGUGACUAAUGCUGUAGUGGGAAAUGUAGCUGAAGAUCCAUCAUUGGGUCCUGUGCAGUCUAAACAACUUUGUUUACUUGGACCAGAAGAACUGAAGCGACUAAAGAGUUGUGUGACUGAAAAUUCCCUCAAGGCGAGAGAGCGGAUAAAAUUUUUGAAUGAAGCCAUAUCCAAAUUAGAUAAAUACCGUAGUCCAAUGUUGCCAAGAAAGAGGACUCGAACAGAACCAUCAGCACCUAAUGCGUUGUUUUCAGUUGAUCGAUCUGCUUUGGGUGGAAAUUUGCUGAAGGCUGGGCCUCAAAAUCACACUGCUUCAAUUUGUGCAGAUCUUGGUUCCCAAAGACCAGAUGACAGGAAAUCUACUGUACCAAAUAAACGAGUUCGCACCUCCAUGAUGGAUAUGCGGGUGGAUGGGCGCCCCAACAAUUUGCCUAGACCACCUGGACAUCCACCUGGAAUGACAGAUAGGGAAAGAGACAUAUUGAGGUCCGGAAAUGCUGCAAGUCAGUUAGAAGACAAGGAUCGGACCUUACCAGCUGGAAGUGAAAGCUGGGAGAAGACAAAAAUGAAAGGAAGACGUUCUGGAAUGAAAUCAGAUGUUUCUGUCAAUGCAGUAGCAAAUAGAAUGUUAGAUGGAGAUAGAGAUUAUAAACGGGGUAUACAGCAAAGGCCCAGCACUGAGAGCCGCUCAAGGCCAAGCGAAGGUCAUGGAUUCAGGUCUGGGCCUGUUCAUGGGAUUGUUAACAUGCAUAAUAAGAUGGAGAACUCUUCUCAACCAGGUGGUCUAAAUGUGCGUGCCCUGGCAAGAAAUGAAUCUGAUUGUGCAAUUCCUGCAAAUGAGAAGAGGGAUCGAUUUGUUGGCUCGGAGAAGGAUCGAACCAUUCCUAAGAACAGUAUUAAGCCAAAUGUCCGUGAUGAAAAUCAUGCGGUAAGCCCCACCACAAUUACAAAAGGAAAGGCAUCUCGUGCGCCUCGCUCAGGUUCAGGAGCAUCUGCAAAUUCAUCUCCUAAUGUUUCACGCACCUCCCCUACAUUUGAUAGCUGGGAACGGACUUCAAAUCCAAAUAGAAGUCAGAUCACUGCUGGUUCAAACAGUCGCAAGCGUCCAUUUCCAACAGGUUCUUCAUCAGCUCCUGUGGCCCAGUGGGCUGAGCAAAAGCCACCAAAGAAUCAACGAACUAAAAGAUCAAACUUGGUGCCUCCAGUUUCAAAUCGUGAUGAUGUACCAAAUUUGGUGGAGGCAUCGUCAAAUCCUGAGUCUGUUGCUAAACCUGAUUCAACUGAAAGCAAUGGCCAAGGUUUUCUAAGACGCUCUUCUAACAAUAGUGCUCUCCAACAGAGCAGACUAAAGACCGAAAAUAUAUCUUCUUUAGCUGCCUUCUCUGAGAGUGAGGAAUCAGGAGCUGGUGACAAGUGCAAGGACAAGAACAAGAAACAAGGAGAAGCAGAUGAAAAAAUUGCACCUGUUAGUCAAAAGGCUGGAUCAUUGGUUUUGCCUCCAAAGAAGACAAAAACUGUCGUCAAGGAAGAAAGUGGAGAUGGUGUUCGGAGACAAGGAAGGAGUGGGAGGGCUAGCACUCCUCUUAGAGUGAAUGUUCCUCCAAGUGGAAAACUUGAAAAUCCUCCAACAACAAAGCAACUGAGAAGUACUAGGCCUGGUACUGAUAAAGUAGAAAGUAAGACAGGUCGACCUCCAACCAAGAAAACUUCAUUGGAUCGAAAACCUGUUACACGGCUAAGGCGUCCAAUGAACAAUGGAUUGUCAGAUUUCACAGGGGAAUCGGAUGAUGACCGUGAAGAACUCCUGGUGGCUGCAAAUGCUGCUAUAAAUGCAAGUGAUGCGGCAUGCUCGGGACCUUUUUGGAAGCAAGUAGAACCAUAUUUUGCAUUUCUCACUCAAGCUGACCUAGAUCUUCUUAAGCAAUUGGUCAGAGAUUUAGAUGAUGCAGAUGCAACUCUGAGGAGUCCUUCUGGUAGUAGUCGAAGUGGAAAGGUGGAUCUUAUCAGUAGUAACCUGCCAGCAAACCUAAGUCAAAGAAGUUUGGCAAAUGGGUGUGUGGAUAAUGAGUCCUUGAGGCCUUCUAGCAGUUUAAAUGCUAAAGAGGAGAUUGAGAAGCCUGGAAAAUGUAGAUGGCUUGACAAGAUGCUUCCACUUUCUCAAAGAUUGCUUUCAGCUUUAAUUGUUGAAGAAGACUCUGAGGAAGCAAACAGAAUUAUCUAUGAUGGAACAGAAGAUGACUGUGUUCAUUACACAAGUGAUGAUUCACCUCGUGGUAAUUGUACUCAGAUUGAAAGUGAGACUAGAAAUGCAGGGAAACCGGAAUUAGAGAUAGAGCCAGAAGUGGAGACGAAAAAUUGGAAGCAUCACACGUUCGACUAUUCUAAUCACAACAGUCAUUUUGCUAAUGGGCAUCAGAAUUAUACGGCAGAAAAUAUUUGCAGUGAUGAUUUCAUGCAAGAUGAUAUUGUAGUACAUUCAGAGGUCCUAAGUUUUAAUGCAGAGUUCAGAGGCUUGGAUGAACGAUAUACACAUGGAGGGCGAAAGAAUCAAGAUGGACUGAAAUCCAAUUGUCAGACUUUUGGAUUAAUUUCAGGUAUUGCUGCAUAUGACAUUGACAUCCCAUACCAAGAAAUGGACCUGAACCAGCGAAUUUUUUUGGAACUCCAAAGCAUCGGACUAGUUCCAGAAUCAGUGCCGGAUCUAGCACACAGGGAAGAUGAGGAAAUAAAGGAAGAUAUUUAUAAGCUCAAGGAUGAGCUCCAGCAACAGGUAUCCAAAAACAAAGGUCAUGCUCACAAACUGGAAAAGGCUGUCUUCAAAGGUCAGAAAGAUGAAGAAAGAGAUCGUGAAAUGCUUGCCAUGAACAAGCUGGCGGAAUUAGCAUAUAAUAGGCACAUGGGGCGAGGCACAAAUGCAUCUGGAGCUAAGAGUGCAGGAAACAAAGUUACAAAGCAAGCCACUCUGGGUUUUGUUAAACGCACACUAGCUAAGUUUCGAAUGUUUGAUGAGACUGGCAAGAGUUGCUUUUCGGAUGCAGCUUUUAAAGAAAAAAUAUCUUCAAUAUCCUCAAAGGAGAUGGAUAAAAAAUUACUUGGUGAUGCUGUUGAAGGUGAUGCUGCAAAUGUGCUUGCUGAAAAUGCUCAUGCUCUCUCAGAUAUCAAAACAUCAGCUAACUCUGCUCCCCAUUCAGAGCAAGCUGCUCGUAUUGUUACCCAACAUACACCAAAACUGGAGAAUGGAGAUAGGGAGUUAUGUAACUCAGUGCAAGGGACAGCUUCUUAUCCAGAGCAAACUGUUGUGAAAGAUGAGGUGUGGUCAACACGUGUGAAAAAGAGAGAACUUUUACUUGAAGAAGUUAAUGGCAGUGGCAUUUUAAAAGGUGCAGCUUCUCUUGGGACUUCUCUACUUGGGGGGGCUAAAGGAAAGCGCACUGAAAGAGACAGAGAGGGCAAGGUGCAGACAAAAGAGAUCUUAACCAGGUCUGGUUCCACUAGGAGUGGUCGACCAGGUCUGGGCAAUGCCAAGGGUGAGAGGAAAAACAAACCUAAACCAAGACAAAAGACUGCUCAAUUGUCAGCUGCAGCAAAUGGGCUUCUUGGAAAACCAGCUGAAGCACCAAAGCCAUCACUGACUUCAAGUUGUUGUGAAAAACCUAAUGAAAAACUGGUUAAAGUGAAAGAUGAAUUGCCUGCAUCACAGAAUUCCAUUGCUGAUGAUGAUGUUUCCCAUGAUAAUGGCCCCAUAGAUUUGUCACAUUUGCAACUCCCUAAUAUGGAAGACUUCAGUGUUACUGACGAUAUGGGAGGCCAAGCCCCAGAUUUGGGUUCUUGGUUGAACUUUGAGGAUGAUAACUUGCCAGAUGCUGGGGGUGGUGAUCUUAUGGGUCUUGCUGUACCAAUGGAUGAUCUAGCAGACCUGAAAAUGUUUUAAGAACAAGAUGGAGCUACUAUUGUGCAUGACUUAAAACUUGAAGCUUUUUAAAGAAGCAGUUGUCAGAAGGCAAACCACUGGCACAAGUUAUCUUUGUUCUGGAUACUUGUAUUGUAUUAGAAUAGUAAAAUUCUUUUGAAGAUUUCUUGUACAAGUUAGCUAUGCAGUUGGGAGCAAAAUUGUUUUUAGUCAUCACAGGAAUUGCUCCCGUUGUAACAAAGUAGCAAAUUGUUACUUCACCAGUCUUGGUUUUGAUCUGUACAAGCAAGCUUUCCCUAUUAUCCAAGGUUACGACAAGCAUUCCAUCCUGGUCAUUGCUCUUAAACAAGAUCGGGAGGCAGAGUGGAUAGUACAUUCAUUCUGUGUCACAAAUAAUUGUUGAUCAUGCUUUUUUGAUGUGGCCAUCUCUUACAAGCUGCACAAUUUGCAUACAUUUAAAUUCGGUUCUCUAAACUGGACAAAUCUCACAUUUUGUGUCAUGGAUCCUGGUCUGGCCUGGGUUCAGAAGUCAUGUACUGUACCUUUUCUCCUGUAUAUAAAUUCUAUCUGACUGGUUCUAUUA